AUGCUGAGCCCGAUCGUCCCCGUAGUCGAACACGACGUCGACGUCUUCAACAAAGUCAUCAUGACCAACCUCUGUGGCGCGUUUUACCUUGCCAAAGCCGUCAUUCCGCACAUGAAAAAGGCGGGAAAAGGAGUGAUUGUGAACACGGCCAGUAUCUCUGGCAUUGGUGGAGAUUAUGGCCUUUCUUCCUACAAUGCCGCAAAAGGCGGACUGGUUAACCUGACGCGGACCAUCGCCAUGGACCAUGCGAGGGACGGGAUCCGUGCGGUCACAGUCUGUCCCGGGUUUAUGGAAACUCCAAUGACGGAAGGGACCCUAAAGAACGAACAAUUAAGAGAAGAGUUGUUUGAGAGCAUCCCCAUGAACCGUGGAGGGCAUCCGAACGAGGUGGCUCAGCUGGUUCUUUUCCUGGCUUCAGACGAAGCAUCUUACAUUACUGGACAUCCGUUUAUCGUCGACGGUGGAUGGAUUGCUCGUAAUCCAAGUCCAAAUUGGCCAAAGUACAUUGGCGAAGCCUGA